AUGUCUCUUAUGAAGACCAAUAUGCUGGUGCGCUCGCUGAGCACAUCGUCGGCCGCAGCUCAGCUCGUGAAGGCCCCAGUACAAGUAUUCGGUAUUGAUGGCCGAUACGCCACAGCAUUAUAUUCUGCCGCUUCCAAAAGCAAAUCUUUGGACACCGUCGAAAAAGAACUAGUAUAUUUCCAGAAAUCGAUUAAGACGGAUGCUAAACUUAAGGAAUUUCUUCUGAACCCAGUUCUAAAGAGAAGUAUUAAGUCAGAAGCUCUCAAGCAUUUGGCUUCUAAGACAAGCAUGUCAUCAAACACUGGUAACCUACUUAGUUUACUGGCUGAGAAUGGCCGUCUUGGAAAACUUGAUGCUAUUAUCAAUGCUUUUAAGAUAAUUAUGGCUGCACAUCGUGGUGAGGUCACCUGCGAAGUAAUAACUGCCAAACCAUUGGAUGCUGGUCAGAAACAGAACUUGGAAGCUGCACUUAAGAAAUUCCUCAAAGGAAAUCAGUCUCUGCAACUAACCGCAUCUGUUGACCCCUCAUUGAUUGGAGGUAUGGUUGUGUCCAUUGGUGACAGAUAUGUGGACAUGAGUGUUGCUAGCAAAGUAAAGAAGUACUCCGAACUCAUCAGUACUGCUGCUUAA